AUGGAGCAGUCACCACCUCAGACUCCUAAUUCCAUAUUCUCAAUCAAGAAGGGACGGAGUGGUUAUGAACCAUCAGACACAGAGACAGAGUGGCAGGAUACUCCCCGGCAUGAACGAGGCAGAAAGAACAUGACUUUGGGUCCUGAAGAAACAAAAGCUCUGACUCUAAUGAACAAAAACCAUAUGGUAUUACACAGGAGGCACAAUUCAAGGUUUGGAAAUGAAGUCUCAUCACUUUCAAUAGGCCAAUCAAGAAAAAGACACCACAGCAAGUCACCCUAUAAGCUACGCAUAGCAGUUGAUGAUGAUGCUUCAUCAUCACCCAUAACAGGUCUGAGAAAUAUCAGUCCUUUGCCAAGACCUGAACUUGGAAGAACUGUGUCUCCUUAUAGCAGAAAGCAUGAGCAAAGAACACCCUCUAGAGAGAACAGACAAGCUUGUUCAGGGCUUCUUGAAGUGGAUAAAUUAACUGAGAAGCCAAACUACAGGAGAUCAGUGACUGCUCCAAGAUUGAGGGAGCAACAAAGCAAUCAUGGGAAAACAUUGCAAAAUGGGGGAAGGACCAAAGACAUGGUUCCGAAACAAAGGGAAGCUUCUACUUUCAAAGCACCUUCAGUGGGAGAAAUCAAUGAAAUGAUAGCCCAGAUGAAACUAUCUACAAAUCCCAACGAUGAUUCUUCAUCACUGUUAGAAAGUACAGAUUCCAUUCAAGCAGGUGAUCUUUUCUUUUCUCGUGAAUGCAAUGCCUUGCAAGGGAAGGUUUCUUCGUUCCCAAAAUCCCUUCAGCAACAUGAGUAUUUUAGCCCAAGGACCAUGGUCACCACGAUCAAUCCCGUGAGAACCGCCUCCGAAAGCAGAGGAAAUGGUGACCUUAACAAUGUCUUGUCUCGAUCGAGUAUGGGCACAAGUUAUGCUGCUACAAGCAGAAAGGGAAGUGGAACUGGGAAGUCAAGUGGCACCAGUAGUGUGAUAAGUGAUGCUAGUGGAAAGACAACUGCAAGCAUGCUGAAAUUCACAUCUAAUAGAAAAAAGAACCAGAAAGAUGCAUGGUUUGCUUGUAUGAGAACAGGAACCUGUAAGACUACAAGAAAAUCGCCCGAGCGUCGACCAAUUGAUGAAUCUUCCUUCAUUGAGAGGGCAUCAGUAGUGGAAAGCCUCCCACAAUUCUGGGCAGAUAAACAUAAACCUGCUUCACUUAAUGGCUUCAUUUGCAACAAACAAGAAGCUCAACUUCUCAAGGAAAUAAGUUCUCAGGGCUCUUGUCCUCAUAUUUUGCUCAAAGGACCCUCUGGUUCCGGGAAAAGAGAACUAGCAAUGGCUCUUCUUCGAGAAAUAUAUGGUGAUGCGUGUUAUCAUGACCAAAGACCUCUGAAAGUAUCUGUCCCAAUAACGUCCAGUUCUCAUCACAUGGAGCUCAAUGUAAAUUUGGAACCAAAUGCUAAAUAUGCUUUAAUGGGAUUAAUCAAAGAAAUUAGCCAUAUAUAUGCUAUUACCCCCGAAGUCAGCAAUAUUAAUUUCAAGUCAGAUUAUAAAGUAAUUAUUCUUCAUGAGGUUGACAAAGCAGUAGAGAACAUCCAGUUCAUGAUCAAGUGGAUUAUAGACCGCUAUUCAGAUAUAUGCAAACUAGUACUUUGCUGUGAAGAUGAUGCAAGCAUUCUUGAGCCCGUGAAAAACCGUGUCAAAGUUAUCGAAGUUGAUGCUCCUCAAACUCACGAAAUUAUUGAGGUUCUUAUUCAGAUAGCAAAGAAAGAGGAAAUUGAUCUAUCUAUGAAUUUUGCUAUGAAAAUUGCUACAAAAUCUAAGCAGAACCUAAGGAAAGCAAUCAUGGCUCUUGAAGCAUGCAAAGCACACAACUAUCCAUUUUCAGAAGAACAACCAAUCCCGGUUGGAUGGGAGGAGAUCAUAAUAGAAAUUGCUGCUGAGAUCCUAGCUGAUCCAUCAUAUUCACGCCUGCUCUCUGUACGGGGGAAAUUUCAAAUGCUUCUCCUGGAUUUUGUCCACCCCAAAUUGAUUCUCCAGAAACUCGUGGAACAGUUCCUAAAAAGAAUUGAUGCCAGCUUAAAAAGGGAGCUCUACUAUUGGCAUGCUUAUUAUAAUUUGUGGCCAAAUUCAUGA